CCUAAUUUAAAUUUUAAUUUUUCAUAACCUCUUUUCUUGAUUUUAAAAAUGUUUAUAAAAUAUGUAUUAAACCAUGGAAAGACUGGCGUUAUCUGUUAUUACAGACAUUAUUCAAAUAGAAAUAUAUUGAAAUUAAAAGAACGCGGCAUGUUUGAAGAUAUUUUUCCAGACAAUGCGGCGAAUACUGUUACAGAUGUGUUAAAUGCUUGUCCACAAACAGUAUAUGCUGGUUUUGACCCUACUGCAAAUAGUUUACAUGUAGGAAAUUUAUUAAUUUUAAUUAAUUUGUUGCAUUGGCAAAGAGGGGGGCAUCAACCCAUUGCCGUGGUAGGUGGUGCAACUGCUAAAAUAGGCGACCCCAGUGGUAGAAGUACAGAACGUGAACAGCUGGCUAAAUCAUUUGUAAAUGAAAAUAUACAAGGCCUUGUCAAAAAUAUAACCACAAUAUUUAAUAAUCAUGAAAAAUAUCUUUGGAAAAACAAUGAAUCCCUAAAACCUGUUAGGAUAUUGAAUAAUGAAAGUUGGUAUCAAGUCAUGAGCCCAAUAGAAUUAAUUGGUGGUGCAGGAAGACAUUUAAGAAUGGGAACAUUGCUAUCACGAAGUAGUGUUCAAAGUAGGCUUCAGUCUGCAAGUGGAAUGAGUUUCACUGAGUUUAGCUACCAGUUAUUUCAAGCAUAUGAUUGGCUGCAUUUAUUUAAGAAUUAUCAAUGUUCCUUCCAGGUUGGUGGUAAUGAUCAAAUGGGAAAUAUAAUGUCAGGCCAUGAGUUGAUCAGUAAAGAUUGCAAUAAGCCUGUAUACGGUCUUACCCUUCCACUGGUAACCACAGAAAUAGGAGAUAAAUUUGGCAAAUCUGCUGGCAAUGCUGUUUGGCUUGAUGAAAAGAAAACCUCAGAGUUUACUUUUUACCAAUUCUGGAUACGGCAACCUGAUUCAGAGGUUGAAAAAUUUUUAAAAUUAUUCACAUUUGAUACAAUAGGCAGCAUCUCUGAUCUUAUGAGACAACAUAAGGAGAAGCCUGAAUUGAGAUUGCCUCAGAAGAGACUAGCAGAACAGGUAACAUUGUUAGUACAUGGAGAAGAUGGUCUAGUAAAAGCUAAAAAAGCUAGUGAAGCACUUUAUGAAGGAAAUGUAGUGGUUAUAGGUGAAAUGAAUCCAAAAGAAGUAUCUCAACUAUUCCAUGGUGCCACUAUUGUUGAAAUACUUCCAGAAGCUGGCCAGAGUAUUUUGGAUUUAACCAUGAAAGUUGGUUGUUUUCCAACCAAACAGGAUGCCACAAGAAUAAUUUCAGCUGGAGGAUUUUAUAUUAACCAGCAACGAGUGAAUAAUCCUAGCGAGGUAAUAAAUCUAGAUGUACAGAGACUAAAAAAUAAUAUUUCUUUACUCAGGGUAGGAAAAAGAAAUUAUUAUAUUGUUAAGUGGCUGUUAUAAUAAUUGUAAUUUUAGUAUUUAAUACUUUUUGUUAAUAAAAAUUUUAAUAAAACCAAAUUGUCUUUAUUUACAUUGAAAAGAGGAAGUCAAUGUGCCCUGAAGGAACUACAAUGAGUCCAAAAAUUUAAUUUAUGGGAAUGGACAAUUGCAACAGCUUUUUAAGAGGGUUAGAAUAUCAUCAGAAUCCAAACUCUUCUGGGGUAAAUAAAUAGUCUAAAAAAAUUAUAAGAAUUUAUCCAAUUUAAAUUAUUUUAUAAAUUAUUCAUAAUUUCAUUAAUCUUUGACACCAAGGCGUUUAAAUGGUCACUAUGGAUUUUUGAACCAUUUGCUAAAUCUUCUAGUAUGCUAUCAACAUCUAAAGUAUUAGAAUAAGAAGUGUUUUUGAAAACGUAGAUCAAAAUACCUAUAGGUAAGUAAAAUCUGCUUGUAAUAAGUUUCUUAAAUACCUUCAUUGCCUCAUUACUAAUGAUAUAUAACUUUUUUAAAGAGUAAAACCAUUCUUUUCUAGUUAAAUACAUCAGUUCAAGAAUUUCUAUACAGAUAGGCAAUAUUGAUACUUUAAUGCGACUUUCUUUUUCAAAUUUUGUAACGAAAGCUUUUAAAUCCUCUACGUUGUUAUUAAUUGGUAGACUAUGAUUUAAAACCGUUAGUAUUUCCAUUUCUUUUAAUCUAAUCAAUUUAGGUUCAUAAACAUGGCCGGUUACUUUUUUCAAUAUAUUUCCUAAAGAUGGAAUUUUUAAAUCUUGAUCCCCCAAGUAUUUGCUACAAAUAAAAAUUGUGGACACUAACGUGAGAGCAGGAUCAUCUAUUUCUUCGCCUCUUGAAGAUUUUCGUGCAAUGUAUUCCUCUAUAGUGUCUACAGCAAAACCGAAAACGUGAAUGUCCUGUUUUAGCAUGUUACAAAUAUCUUUUAUUAAAAUUGUUGAUCUUGUAUCUAGUAUUGGUUCUAAAUAUUUUCCUUCGUUUUUUAGCAUUUCACUUAACCAUUCUGUUAAUAAAUUGCUUUCAUACUUGCUUAAAUAAUUCAUUUUUAUUUGAUUUUUUUUAAUUUGAAUUCUUAGGGAAUUUUAUUCUACAGUUUUGCA